UAAGAUCAUAAUUACUAGAUCGUAUUAAACGACUACAAGUAUCGAUUAUUUAUUUUUAGAUGCAGGUUCUUCCUUGUUGAAUAAUACAGAUUUUAGAUGGACUGUCAAUCAAAAAGUGUAUUUGUCAAUAAGAAUAUUAACUGUUUCAAGGUUAUCCAUUUUAGCGUUAUGUGGAAAUUUACAGUUUCAUGUUUAACACUCUUAGGUUACCCUGUGUGUAGCAUUGAAUCUAGGUAUGCAAUUCACGGAACUUCCGUUUUGUUAGAAUGUAGUAUAGCUGCUUCGGACGCCGAAACAAUUGAGUGGAGAAAAGAUAGCACAUUGUAUGCAGAGUCAAAAUAUAUCAACGAACAUUUACCGUAUGAUCUGAGAAGUCGUAUAUUUGUAACCGGAAGCCAUAGUAACGGACAGUUUGAUUUAAGAAUUGUGAACGCCCAGUUCAGUGACGAGGGAGAAUACAACUGCUCAGACCAUUCAUAUCACCUGACAUUUCCAGCAUUGCUUAUAUCAACGGAUGCUACGUAUAACCGAUACAUUCUGAUCGAUCCAGAGGUGAAAAAGUUGUUUGUAGGACAGAUGAACAAACUCACCAUAAUUGAUCUAUCAAAUGAUGCAUAUCCUGUUAAAUCCACUUAUGUUGAUUUUCCAGCAGAACCAGAUAAGCUUAACUAUUGUACUCUUUCAAAGCCAGAGAUUCCUGAUUGUCAGAAUCACAUACGAUUCAUUACUAAGAAGACUGAGGAUACACUGAUUUUAUGUGGAACUAAUGCAGAUUCUCCUAAUAGCUAUGAACUCAAUAUAACAGACAUGACUUAUACAAUUUCAAGUGUUCCGUGUUCCAAUGAUCCGUUUGAUAAUUUUACAGCAAUAUAUAUCAAAGCAGAAAAUCCAAACAACGAGGAAUUAAUGUACUAUGCCUCUACAUUACAUGGUGAAUCUUCAAUACAAAGGCCAAUACCUGGUACUACCGAUUAUAUGAAAGGUGUAAUAAGUGAAAAGUGGAUGAAAGAACCACAGUUUGUUGGAUCUUUUGAUGUUGGUGACCGCGUAUUUAUCUUCUUCCGUGAAACAGCUGUUGAAACUGAUCCAUCAGAAAAAAAGAUAUACUCAAGAGUAGCAAAAGUUUGCAAGAAAGACAUUGGAGGUAAUUCGCUGUUACGAAAUAAAUGGACAAGCUUCCAGAAAGCUAAACUUGAUUGUUUUAUUCCUGGAAAACUUCCAGUGUGUCUUGACUCAAUACAAGACGUAACAAUGAGGGACAAUGUAUUUUAUGGAUUAUUUACGACUACCACAGGAUCAUCAGCAUCUGCAAUAUGUGCCUUUAAUCUAACAAGCAUUGAUACUGUCCUGGACGGGCCAUUUAAAGAACAAACAACUGUAAAUUCGUUCUGGACGGAAGUAUCAACUGUUCCAACCCCUAGGCCUGGCAAAUGCACAAAUGAAUCAAUGACUCUAAGCGAUAGUGUUCUGCAGUUUAUAGCAGACCAUCCAUUAAUGCAUCAGAAAGUUCAGCCAAUGUAUGGAAAAGCAAUAUUUUCCUUAGACGACGAGGAACUCCAACAACUAGAACUAGAUAGCAAUACGAAAGAAAUUGUGUUUUAUGCAGCAUCAAGUACGCAUGAAUUAUUUGCAUAAUUAUAAAAUACUCAUGUAAGUUUAUCUUUAGCUCUCAAGGUCAAAGGCAAGAUUGAGGACGAUUGACUAAAUAUUUUUACAAGAUGUUUAUUUUGUGAAAGUACACAAGCUUUCACCGAAUUGACCCAUUACCAUUGUACUCUUUUUUAUUUGGAAAGUACGCGAUUCGGAUUCGAAUUAGUGUAAGCUUAACGUUUCCGGAACUUAACUUAUAGACAGUUUACCUAAUUAUUGUUUAUCGUGUAUUAAACAUAAUUUGUCAAGUGUAUAAUAAAUGCUACUGCUUACAAGUCUGUUUGUAUUACAAACUUUCUAAUUAGUUUUAAGUAUGCUAUGAAUUUAAAAAAAAUAUUGCAAUUUACAUUAUGUGUUUUGGUCUGAUCGACUAGUACUGAAGCGAGUCGAUUUCCAAGGUUUCAAGGCAAAAUUCUCAAUUUCAGAAGGUUUAGAAUAUUUAAUCGACAGUACUAUCUGGGUUUUUUUUAAACUUUGAUAACCAAACCUACAACUAAUAAUAAAAAAGCACUCACAGUACGACAGAGUAAGCAUUUUCUGAUAUACCUCCAAAUGCGUAUUACUUGUCGAUUUCAAAGUCGAUCUGGAAAAACAAAUGCUACAAAAUGAAGUAUUACAAAAUCUGUAUCAAUUAGAUGAUUGCGUCAGAGCUUAUGUCGAAUAAACAUAAACUGAAUAAAUUCAGAAAUUAUAGGGGCUUUGUUAGGACCCAAUAUUUGUGAUGCCGAUUAUGUAAUUGAUUAUCAAUCAAACUCUUCAUACGGAGAUGUUUCUUUUUACAGUAAAACGUUUUGUAUAAUGAUAAUAAUGGGAACACACUAUAACAUAGGUACUAAGUCAGGUAACUGUCAGUUUCGCAAAUACUGAAGAAUUAAGAUUAUUUGAAUAGUCUGUGAGUUUAACAAGGAUGUGCUCUUUGUCAACAGCUAUUGUUUAUAAUUAUAAGCUUAAGGCUAUUUAAAAAAUUACUUUUAAAAAUGCUUGUCAUAGAAUGUUAUUACAGGUUGUACAAUUGCACACUUUUUUUUGAUGGAAACUAUUGCAUAAUAUGUUAGCAAUAAACAAUAAUCUAUAUCGUUUGUAAGUAGAAAAUAGUGCAAACCGUGAGCUAUGUUUCAAAUGCAGUAACUAUAACCAUUUCUUCUAUGAAUGCAUAUGGGUUUAAAACUAUUGGACAAUAUGACACACCAUUCAUGUCUGUCAUAUUUGUUUUUUCUUGAAUUGUUUUGUUAUAAAUUAGGCCGUUAGUUUUCUCAAUUGAAUUGUUUCGUAUUUUUAUGUCGGGGCCUUUUAUAGCCGACUAUACGGUAUAGGUUUUCUCAUUGUUGAAGGCCAUACGGUUGCCUAUAAUUGCUUACAUCCACUUUAUUUGAACUUCGGUGGAUAGUUGUCUCAUUGGCAAUCAUACCUCAUCUCCUUAUUUUUAUACCUGUGUAUUUUAAUAUCAGUCAAUAUAUUGUUUUGUCUAAAAAUCUUGUAAUAGGAUAUUCAAUUGAAGAUGUUGAAUAUAGCAUACUUAAUCAUAUUAUAACACUUGUUUGUUUACUUUUUGAUUUAAGAUUGCUUUUAUUUAUCAGAAUUGAGAACUGAAUUUGUGAAUAUGCUGUCAGUCCUUAAACAUGAAAUUGAAACACACAUUUUAUAUUAUCCGCAAAUUUCUUCUUGACAAACUUCAGAAGAAAUUUUUAGAAUGCGAUUCUUUAUCUCUUUUGUUUUGGAGGGUAACCACAGUUGACAAGUUUAAAGGACAUAAAAGGAUGAAAAAUGUUGAUCGAGAACUGCUUAAACUAUUUUCUUUAAAUACCAGAAAUGUUGUAUUAUAUUAAUGUAUGUCUACAAACUCUACACAUUUCAUUCUUGUUUGAAGUUGAUGAAUGAUGAGAUAUUAUUUAAGAGACAAUCGUAAUAAAUUCAAUAAAACUGACCUUUCGUCGCAAAAAUUAGAAACCAUGCUUGUUUGAUCAAUUGUACUUUCUGUUUGAAAACCCGAAAUUCAAAUCUAAACAAAAGACAGUCAAAAUAUCGUUUUCGUUUUCCUUGUAUCUAUGAUGUGAUACCAAACACGUAUACAUGUAUGUAGAUCUACUCUGUAAAUUGCAGCUACCACAUAAUUCAUGAAUAAAAAAAGGUUGCAAAUGAAAUCCCCUGGUUUUACUAGGAAUUAAUAAUACAGGGAGGAACCUUAUAUCUCACGAUAUCUCAGUAGCAUGAGUUCGAAUCCCGGCUAGGGAAGAACAAAACAUUUGCUUCCGCAAAUUUACAGAUCUAACAUUGUCGGGCUGUUAUCUAGACGAAUGUUUAUACAGAAUAUGUUUUCAGCCAUGUAUCACCAUCACUGGUGAUCCGAUGAAUAAAAUCUGUCGUAGAGUUGUCACUGGUUAAGACGUACUUAUAAUAUAAUUAUUUCUGUGAUUGCAUCCUACAUUAAUUUGUAAGAUCCUCUACGAUAGAUAAUUCAGCUGAUCUGUAAUAUUCCCUCUUCUUUAUAUAUAUGUAUAUUUAGAUAUCGGUUAUAACAAAACCAGAAGGACUGUAUUUGUAAUGUGGGUGGGGAUGGGGGUACGAACAAGAACAAUCAGGAGGUUUGAAUUUAGCACACUUUAAAAUGAAUGUAUACAAACUGAGAAAUAAUGUUUUACAACAAUUCUCCCAAAUGAAUUGGGUUUUGUUAUAAGUAGAGACCAGAUCAAAUUUUCUUCUGUUUAAGAAAAGAACAAGUGACUGAUUAUUUAUCAUCAUGAAUAAUACACCUCCGUAAAGAAAAUGAAAUCAAAAUCAUCUUUAUCUUUAUUGAUGAAUGAUAUGUUAAGGAAACAUUUAUAAAAAAUAUUCCCGGUAGAAGCUCAAAACAGAUUAAUAAAGGCAACAGUAGUUUACAGGUGUUCAAAAGUCAUAAAUCGAUUGAGAGAAAACAAAUCCGGGUAACAAACUAAAACCGAGGGAAACACAUCAACUAUAAGAUGAAAACAAAUGAACAACAGGAACACCAAAGUACAACAAAAAACAAACGCCAACAUACACAGAAACGAACUAUCAAUAUAAAUAAGACACGACAAUUCAGCUGUCAAAAUCUUUGAGGUCUGUGAAUAUAAGAUGAAUUUGCUCUUUUGAAGUAAGUAUGGUCAAUCAAUCAGAAUCUAAGAAAAAUUACUAGACGCAGAUAUAUACCAUGAGACAACUGGAUGCAAAGCAAUACUGAAUAAUUUAUGUUAUGAAAUGAAAAAAGCGAAUUAAUAUAAAACAUUUAAUUUUGGCAAAUUAUUACAAUGUAAUAUGAAAAACAAUAAUAGACGUUGAAGUUAAUUCAAUCAAUGUUCAGCAUCAUCUGUCAACAACACUUUGUCCACACGUCUAUAUCCUUUCCGAGUGAAAACGAAUCUACAGUCCAAAUGUCUAUAUCCUUUCCGAGUGAAAACGAAUCUAAAAUCCACAUGUCUAUAUCAUUGCGAAUGAAUACAAAUCUAAAUAAUAGAUAGUUUUCGGCUAUCAACGGCAAAAUGUAAAACUUUUAUGUCUUUAAAUCACUAGUCAAUAAAGGAACCAAUCAAAAAUCGUUGUUCCAAAAUAGACUUCAUAACAAUUUGUAUUAUUAGAUAAAUUUAAAGGACCGAAAGAAUUCGAACAGUAUAAAGUCAAUUUCUUAAAUCUCCAGUCGCCAAUUACAUAUUUUUAUCAGCACAAUGUUCAUUUACAAGUCAUCACCAUAAAAAGUCUGAUUUACAUUUAAUGUCUUUUUUCGUUAUCUCAAUUAAUUAAAUAAGAACAUUUCAGUUACAAAAAUUAAAUCGAGAAUAACUGUAUGAUUCGUCUUAUUUGUAUCUGAGUAUGCGAAAAGAAUACUCUCAUAACGAUAUAAGAAUUCAAUUGAACUACAUCCGAGCCUACAUGAAACUUUCCAGAACAGCAAAAGGCGUCUAAUUUUGCUCGAAUUUCACAGUUAUAUUUUUCAUUAUGAUUUUAUUUAAUUUCAUUUUGUUUUGAGGGAGAGUUAAUCCCUAUAGAUUAUUAUUUACAUUAGUCUACAAUAAAUAUCAUCGGCUAGAAAGUGAGUGAUUCGGCACAGACAUAAUGUCUGGCGUUUUUUUCUAUAUAACAUUUAUUGUAAAUAAAAGAUUUUUUUGGCUGGAAUUUCCGAUAAUAUUUUGUUUCAUAAUUCCAUGUGUGUAAUAAGGAAUUUCUAUGAUUAAGUAUAUCAACAUGAGGUCAAGAUCUGCAUGUUCAAUGCAUGAUCAUCUAAUUAUAUUAUCUGAUUGGUCAGUUCUUGAGAUUAGUAAUUAAUUUCAUAUUUCUACAUGUGCUCGGACAUGCGGUCAUUCGCCUUUGUUCUGGGAGAGAUAAAAGAUCGUUUAUGAAUUUCAACUGAAAAAGUACUGUAGAAAGGGCUUACCAGACAUUCAUCGAAGAAUCACCAGAUUAUAAGGUAAAAGCGAACCUUAAGUAUUAUUAUUAUAUGUUUUUCAAGGUUAAUUUCUAAUUUAUUGAUUUUAUAAUAGAUUAGUUGCUUUUGAAACAUGGUCCGGCGUGCUUUAAUUUUUGGUAAUUCUUUUAUUCGUCGUUUUAAAUCAUUUACCCAUGAAAACUGCAAUUGAGGUUGGUUUACUUUAGGUUGAGACGGAACAGAUAUUCAGGUUGAUUAUUUUUAGUUUGGGGGGGAGGGAUUCUUCGCCCCGGCAAUAAAUGUGUUCAAAAGCAACAAUAUAUGCAUAUAAUUGAAGAAUAUAAGCCACAUUCGGUUUUUCUUUAGGUUGGAGGCAACGAUUUAUCGUCUGAAAAUGAGCCCGUCAAAUUAGCAAGAGAUAUCAGCGUUUUUGCUAUCAUGUUAACCACGUGGUUAUUGGUCAACUUCUCCCGAGGUAUUCCGAAAGACCGGAAACAGAUUAUAACAACAAGCUUUACGUUGUUAACAAAGAACUUCGGCAUUUACUAAAACAAAGAGCUAAUGCGACUUUCUGGCAUCAUAGAGGGUUGUGGAAGAACACCUCAGAUUUAUUAUUAAAAGAUAAUGUUCAUUUUAAUGAUGAAAGUAUGGAAAUAUACGCUAGAAGUGUUCGUGCUGCUAUUUGUAGCCUUUCACGUACAUGUAGUGUCGAGCAUACUUGCGUUUCAAACUACCGUGUAUGAUAGUUUUUACUUAGUGUUCCCAAUUGGAAGGACAUACGAAGAAGUAGAAGCAUACAAUGCAAUUAUUUAGUUAUCUAUGAAUUAUUUGCAUAUUAUUACUCCUUUACCUUAUUAAUUUUUUAAUUUUGAUAAUCUCUGACUGGUUUUGCUUAGAUGCAUAUGGUUGUGACACUUGGUGACAUGAAAAAUGUUUUGUUUAUAUAUUAUUAUGGUUGAUUUAUAUCAUUUAUAUCAGAGAUAUAUAAUAUAAUAUGUCUCUGUUUAUUUUGACUUAUUGAUUAUUUAUUCAUAAUUAUGGUUUAUAUACUAUUAUAUUAGUAUAUUAUUGGUUAUUUAAUCAGAGAUUAAAACAUGUCUUUCCCUAUAAUGGUUGUGUCACAAUAGGGAUCGAUUUUGGUACAAUUGAAGUACUUACAUAUUGGUUGGUUUAAAAAAAAAAGACAAAAAAUGGUUUUGGAGUAUUAAUUAUCAUAUCAUUCAAUAGUCCAACGUAAUUUUGAACAACAUGAGUACAUCUUAUUUUAUAUAUUAUCAUAUCAACUAUGCUUAAUUUGCUGGAAAAGCAUUUUGGUUUAAAAGUAUUACAUAUAUCGUAACAUUCUUUAAAAUCUGUAGAUAAUACAGGAUUUUUAUUUAAUUUUGGUUUCAUGUAUUUAUAGCAAAAUGCCAAAACAGAAAAGCAGAACAAGAAGAAAGGCUUCUCCACAAAACCUUGCGGAUGAUGUUGAAGAUUGAAAUUUAGUAGAGGAACAACAGAGCCAAGAGUUACCACCAAUAUAUAGGCCACCAGUUCGGAGACGCAAGGGCAGACAAGAAGCUCAUCUCAAUCAAUUAGAUCGUGAAACGCCUACACAACAACAGCCGGCUGGUCCAAGUGCAAAUGACAUUUCUGAUGCCUUGUUCUUAAAAUUUCAAAAUUCAGGCAUUCAACUGGUCAAAGAUAAUACUGUGGUCCCAAUCAAUGAAGUAACGGGUAUGUUGUCGUCACCUAGGCAACCAGAAAACUACUGACUCGCAGGGGCCAAUGUUAGAUGUUUUUCAGCCACCAAUUUCCUCUGAUCCUAAUUUCAACACUCCUUCUGAUGAUACUGGGAAGGUUUACAAACUGUUUUUUAAAAAUGAAAAUACUUUUAUUACAAGUACCUACAUACCCUUCAAUAAAUCAGAAGUCAUUGGGCACUCAAACAUUAUGAUGACUCGGUGUAUCUAGGAACAGAUCUCUCCGUUACACGUAUAAAGGUUAUAAACUGUGAAAAGCAUAGAUUGAUUGACCAUUGCGUAAAAGAUCCUCAUUGUGGAUGGGAUAAUACAACAGAAUUGAUUGAAAAUGAAAACCAGUGCUACAACAGAUGCCGUACCUUUGAUUAUUUAAUAGAACAUCAAUUAUUAAACAAAACUGGUGUUUAUACACAUGUGGAGUAUGAUUUUUCGUUCACGACACCUACAACGUGCCCUCCAGACAAACCAAAAUAUGUCCGUUCAACAAAUUCCACGUUAUCCGAAAUUGACCUCCGAUGGGUUUCUGGCUUUUCUUGUGGUUUAGAUCAAACAUAUGUUAUAGAAUAUCAAAUCCAUCAAUCAGAGGACUGGAUUAAUUCAGAAGUCAAUCAUGUUGGAGCAGAUACCGAUCCCCAGAUACAUACUCUCUCUGGUCUGCAGUCAGAUAGUUGUUAUAAAAUUAAGUUGUCUUCACGAAAUGAAAUCGGUAUGAGUCAAGUAACAGACUGUUUAAUUGUAUCAACAAUAUCUUCAGGGUCGACAGUUUUCACAAAUUCACAAUUUGAUCAUCCAUUGGAAUUAUCUGUUCUUGUAUAUGCAGUUGUACUCACAUGCUUUGUUAUUUUACCCAGUAUAUAUUUUUUGAUAAAAGGGGUUUGCAUGAAAAAAGGAACAUCGCCAAUUGCUAAUACCGUAGAGGAAGGAAAAGGAUCUCAUACAGAAAAUAAGCAACUUUCAGCGCCAGGUAAUGAUUGCAGCAGCAACAACAGUAAAUCAAUACUAAAUAGUUCUGACAGAAAACCCAAAGAUAAUCUAUGCUCUACAGGCACAACUAAAGCUGCAACAUUACAAGUGAAGAAAAGAAAAAAAAAGAGAAUCGGACAAAAAAAGGUAGACGUUCCAAAUGAUAUAAACGAUGAAAAGUUGAAGCUACAUAGUCAAUCAA